CACCAUACAGGCCUGCAUGGUCUACCUACGAGCCCGACAAGACAGGUAAUUACAGGAGAAGCAAUGCUGAUAAAGUACCUUGCUCAAGGACUUUUUGUUCUAAAAAAUUAGAAUUGAAAACAAAAAAUUUCAAAACCUUUUCCUACUGUAGUUUGGAAACAAGGAAACCUCUCCACAGGACCAUUGCUAAUGUGGAGGUGACGAUGUUUGGAUGGAGAGAACAAUACCCCUAAAUUGCAUCUGGAGAAGGUUACUACAUAAAAGAAGACUUGGGUUUUAAAGACACCGGGUGGUGAAUUUUAUUUAUAACAUGGAGAAAAUAUAUUAUAGGAUAUCAUAGAAACGGGUGCUGGAUUUGGGAAGUGGAUUUUUAAAAUGAACGUGCCUGAUUUGAGGAUAGACGCAGGAUUGAAGAGGACAAUAUUUCGAUGAAUCUUUGACUUGAUAUCGAUCGAAGGCCACGGAUGCAAUGGGUUUUGAUAUACUACAACGAUGCAAACACAGAUCGAUGUUUUACGAAUCGAAGACACACCUAUUGUGCGAUAGGAUGAUUGCAGCAAUUUAGUCAUCUCGCAAAACGGACAGAUUCAGGCUCAAACGAACAGGAGAGCAAUUAACUCUGGAAUGGCGGAUAUGAACAACGCGUUGAAAAUUACAUCAACGCGGAAGGAUCGCAAGUACCGCCGUAACAUGACGGAACCGUCUGUUCUACCGUCCAUUCAUCAUACCGAAUUAAAAACAGGGGCUGUAUAUCUUAAUAAAUUACUCGACAAGGAUAGAGAACAUAGUGAACAUGGACUUCCCGUAGCUAAAAGCUUAGAACUCCCAAGUCGAUCUCUUCCCGCUAUAUCCGACAUGCAACAUGUCACUGCUUAUGAUCUUCCACAAUUCCCGAAACGAACAUUUCCGAUUCCCCGGAAGAAUUGCAAAUUAGCACCGCUCAGUAGAAAACGUUCUGAUAGUUUAAAUAGCAAUGAUGGACGGAGCAUCAAUGUCUUGGAAAGUCGCUCUAUUGUACUAUCAAAGCGAAGGGAAGACGGAAAAAGACUACUUGAGCCUAUUGGUAAAGAUAAAAUGGAUGAAUUCCGGCGUUGGCACUUCUCUUUACAGCUAGACGACAAUUUCGACAAAAGUGCGCCUCCAAAAACAUCUAAUGUAACAAACCAGGAUAAUAAAAUGCUCAAUCAGGAAGCAUCGAAAUCAGAACUGAACAAUACGAAAUUAUCAAGCUCUCCAAACAACAGAGAGGACUAUCAUGAUAAACGAUUAGUACAUUCUGCACAUGACCAAAAUCGGACGGAUAACUUAAACUAUGAAGUGAAAAAUAAAUCGUAUAUUGUUUACACGAUGACAACACCCGAAAGAAAGCGAAUCGAGGAUUGGUUAGAAGAUUGUUUAAAUUCCAGAAACGAUUCCGGUAACCAUUCUGACGAUGAGUUUAUUGAGGUCGUUAAUCAAACUAAUGUUGCUUCCGAUUGUACCAAAGGAAACGGGCUUGAUACAAACCUUAAAGAUGACGAAAGCUGUAUACAGUGAAAUUAGUGAACAUUCAGAAUAGUUGCUGUUCAAUUUUAGAUUAAUUAUAUUUAUUUAUUGCAAUGGACUUAGUUCGAUCUUUAAUAAAACUUUAUAUUGUACAGAGUGGGUAUAAUAUUGAAAAUACUGUAUUAAAUAUAUAAAAAUAUAUACACAUUAUUCGAGAUCCCGAAUAUCCUAUACAUACUGUACAGUAUUUCAAAUAAACAAGUAUUAAUCUGCUGCCAUAUUAUGAAGUGGAAUUUUUAACAUGGUUGUUAAGCCUGGUUUACAUAUAAUGGCUUUCUGCGAUGCUGAUUAGUCGAUCGAAUCGGGGAGCUUCCCCGGGUGUAGCAAUUUUACGGAAAUAAUGGCUUUAACAUUCUUGCCUUCCCAAUAUUUCCAUUAGGGUUUUGCGGCCAAAUAAACAUAACAAAUAUUUAUUUUUUUUUCUAUAAUGACGAAGGCACCUCUUCUAAACUUAAUUGAGAGGAGAUACCCAAGUGAUUUAUAUAAUUGGUACACUAUUAAGAAUUCUCACGGAUUAUAUAAUAACUAUAACGAUAAUGUUGCAACAAGUCAGACAGGUCCAUGGUAUUUAACACUAACAAAUUUAGAAUAACCUCACUCUCGAAUAAGCACAGUAACCUUAAAACAUUUAAUAAGGGCUACUACACACUGUUGCGGUUAAUAAACUUUUUAAAAUAUUAGGUUUGCAUUGAUUUUUAUGUUGUGUGUUGAUCCAAAAACUCAAUGUUUGAAUCAAGAACUUUUAAAUGUCUUUGUUUUAAUUUGUAGGCAUAUAAUAAAGUUUUCAACAGAGAA